AUGUCUCAACGUGUUGCCCAUGCCUCUUCUCGUUUGUUGCUGGUGGGCCUCGGUAAUCCUGGAGAAAAAUAUAAACUCACUCGCCAUAAUAUCGGGUUCAUGAUUAUCAAUGAAUUUUGCAAGAAAUAUGGUUUCAGUGAGUGGAGAGAAUCGUCCAAGUUUAAUUCCAUGAUUUGUGUCAAAGAACAAGCCACAUUUUGGACACACAGCGAAUUGAAGAACAAUUUUGUUGAAAAAGAAAUUCAAAGAUUGAAGAGUAAAUGGUUGCACGAGAGACGACGAGAAUAUUCUGGAAAGGAUUUUAAGGAAGAUCUCGUCAUGAUGGACUGCCCGAAUUUCUCGACAGCCGAUAUUGAUAUGGCACAAAUUGAGGAACGAGUGAAAAAUAUUAUUACAUAUCCACAGCUUGAUGUGCAUUGCAUGAAGCCACUCUCAUUUAUGAAUUUAAGUGGAACACCAGUCAAGAAAUAUUUUGAUAUGAAUGGCAUGAAAUUGAACCAUUUGGAUGACACGAAUCGAAUUUUAGUUAUUACUGAUGAUGUGUCACAACCAUUUGGAACUUUUAAAUUAAAAGCAAAAGGAGCACAUGGAGGCCAUAAUGGUCUACGAGAUAUUGAGGCAAAGUUAGGAACGGAUAAGUAUCACAGAUUAAAAGUUGGGAUUGCUCCUGAGAAGAAUCCAGAGAUGGCCAAGCAGCCAGGACAAGAUUUGGCUGAGUAUGUGCUUGCCAACUUUACACAUGAAGAACAACGAGCAUUGCCCAACCUCAUUUCUAGAGGAGUCGAAAUUUUGAAGGAUUACAUUUCAUUUGAAUUUAAAUAUGUGAAAACGUAG